UAGCAGCAGGGUAUCUCUCUCUCAACUUGGUCUCGUCCUCUUUUGGCGUAGUUGAUCUGCAGCCUUUUUCCAACAAUACUUCGUCACCUUUUUCAUCAAAAGGCUUGGGGGUUCCAAACCGAAAUAGACUCGACGUCUACCAGUACUGAGGGGAACUGGAUAGGAAAGGGAAAACAAAGGGGGGAGGAAUACGCAAAGGGGCGAAUCGCACUCUCCCGUAGUCACAUUCACACAACAUGGACGCCGCAUACUUGAGCGCUCGUCAGACCGUGGUCAACUCGAAUGACCUCCCUCCCGGCUGGGUUAUACAGAAUGGACGGGCGAUUCCAUGGUGGUACAGUCGGACGGGCGUCAUCGUAAAGUGGUCCGUCUUCCUCGGCAUGACGACCCUCUUCGCAGCCUUCCUCAUCAUCGGUUACGCCCACGGCAAGCGCCGUCUGAGAAAGGGCCUCCUGCCCCUGGGCUACCACCGCUGGCUCUUCAGCCGCGCCCAGCUCGCCCGCGUCGACAGCCGGUACGCCUGGCCCGCCGCCACCUACAACACCUACCGCCCCGAGUACUACAACACCCACCCGCAGGCCCAGGGCGGCGGCUACUACGGCAUGCAGGGGAUGCCGCCCCCGACCUACGAUCCCAACUCGGCCCGGCCCCCCAUGUACGCACCGCCCGACGGCGGCAGCAAGGUCGACCCGUCGCAGGAGUACGGCGUCACGCCACCGCAGGCCUCCGUUGCGGCGAACCAUACCGGUCAGCCGUACCCGUAUAGGGCACAGUGAGGCAGAGGGUGUUCACCGAGGCGGGAGUAGCGAGUGAUUUGAUGUUGUUGCGAUGGCCAUUUUUUCGAAGCGUAGGAGGAAUAUGCAUUGCCGCUUAAAGACGAAACAAAGACGAGAUGAGGCUGGAAAUCAUCAAGACGGGAGUGGGCAGCUGAGGAUGGGAUUUCACCAGGAAGUGAUUUCUCCGUCAAAAAGCUGUCAGAUCUCACACAUCGAGGCU